AUGGAAAUUGGCAUAGGAUUUAAAAAAGUUGGUGAUAAAUCAAAUAAUACGGGCGAACAGGAUCAUUUGGCCACUUUGAAUUUCCCGGAGUUGUUCCACGUACUUUUUGUUGGACCGCUGCUAUUAAGUGUAGCAAGUUUCUACCACUUAUUAAAUUAUGAACUUUAUGGUGGUUCUCAGUCUAAACAAAUUUGCUUUUCGAUACGUUGGUAA